AUGAGCGAAUGGGUUACCUUACUCUCCGACGAUGUAGUAAUCUGUACAUAUCUAUCUGCCCUGAAGCUGCAUGCCAUUAAACAGUACAACUUCAGCGCAGAAUUGAUUUGCAGAGCUUGGAAAUUUCAUGGUAUGACAACCCGAAGCCAAUGUAGAGGAAGCCUGGAGCUCCUGCAUAGAUCUGGCUCCACCUCCUCCCUCUCUCCAUCACCACCAACCUCCGACAGUCAAAUCCCGUGCAGAGCCGCCCCGGCGAGAUCUGUUUCUCCCGGAGUCAAGUGUCGCGCUCACGAGUUGGGGGACCUCGUGGAGGCAGGUAGUGGUCUACGCGGUGGGGGGCCACGGCGGCGGGGUGGUUCCUCCAGGGCUCCAGCGCUGGUGCAUGCUUGCAGCGGAGAGGUACGGUGGAUGCGGUGGUCGGUGGUGCACGGAGCUGCUGCUCUCAUGUACGCUUGGGCCCAGAUCUGGCCAGGCCAGUUCGGCAGCGGCGGCUGCUCGCGCACGCAUGGUGGCCUGCUGCGGCCAUCAUGGGCUGGGGACUCGCGGUGUGGAUGGCUUGUGGUGGCACUAGUAUGUUCCUCAAAACAAUUGGCGGCGGUGGCGGCAGCGUCAUAG